UUUCUCUCCCCUUAGCUGAUCAGUUUUAUUUUUAAAAUUAAUUAAUUAAACAUUAUAUACCAUUUAUAUAUCUCAGCAAGGAAAACCCACCUUCUUUCGUGAUUUGAAGCGAUCAUCAGCUAGCUAAUGUCAGAAGAUAUGAAUCUAUCCAUAAAUGGUCAGUCUCAGGUCCCUCCGGGUUUUAGAUUUCAUCCCACAGAAGAGGAGCUUCUUCACUAUUACCUCAGAAAGAAAGUCGCUUAUGAAAAGAUAGACCUCGAUGUUAUCCGGGAAGUUGAUCUUAACAAGCUUGAGCCAUGGGAUAUACAAGAGAAGUGCAAAAUAGGAUCCACACCACAAAAUGAUUGGUACUUCUUCAGCCACAAGGAUAAGAAAUACCCAACGGGGACCAGAACUAAUCGUGCAACAGCUGCCGGGUUCUGGAAAGCAACUGGCCGAGAUAAGAUUAUCUAUACUGGCUUUAGAAGAAUUGGAUUAAGGAAGACAUUGGUCUUUUAUAAAGGAAGAGCUCCGCAUGGACAAAAAUCUGAUUGGAUUAUGCACGAGUACAGACUGGAUGAGAACACCACCCAUGACUCUAAUGCUUCCAAUCCCAUUGGAGACUCCGUGCCUGAAGAUGGCUGGGUGGUUUGCCGUGUAUUUAGAAAGAAGAAUUAUCAAAAAACACUAGAGAGUCCCAAAAGCUUAUCCUCCAAUUCUCUGGAUUCAAAGACACAGAUGUUUUGCUCAGGUGCCAGCGAUGGGGUUCUAGAUCAAAUUCUUCUGUACAUGGGAAGGACUUGCAAAAUGGAGAAUGAUUCAUUGAGCAACAUGAACAUCCCCAACACCACCAACAGCAACAAUAAUCUAAGAAUGCUUGUUGCAAACAACGCCGGAAUCAGCGAUGGGUUACAUGAAAGGUUUAUGCAUCUCCCCAGGCUAGAAAGCCCAACUCUCCCUUCGCUUCCCAUGAACAGCCCGCCCUUCGAUCAAGAAAGAAGCUUUAAGUCUUGUUACCAAUCCAUCGAUGAUAUGCUGACCGAAACUGAACCAUCUUCAAUCGACCAAGGGGGCGGUAUUGCUUGUGAUCACACGGGUUCAGUAGUUCAUAAUAAUAAUGAGUCCAAAAAUGGCGUUAAUGACUGGGUUACCCUGGACCGACUUGUGGCAUCCCAACUAAAUGGUCAAGUACAGACUAGCAAGCAACUAUCAUGUUUUAGUGACCCUAAUGCGGUUUUCAGUCUUUGUCACGAUGAUGAUAUUCACUUAUCGCACAUAAAUUUGCGCAGAUCAAAUCAAAACUCGCAGGUCUACAGCAACGAGAAUGAUCUAUGGAGCUUGACGAAGUCAUCGUCACCGUCGUCAUCAGACCCCUUAUGCCAUCUGUCGGUAUAAUAGAGUACAUGUCAGGAUCAUACAAACAAGCCUCUGCUCAUUGCUUAAGUAUUCUCAUAAUUAGGUAUAUGUGGACAUAUAUAUAUAUAUAUAGGCAAAAACAUAUAUAUACAUAUGUAAGUAUUUGCAUAAAUAAGGAUGAAAUAUGAGAUGGGGUGGCAUUGUCCAGUCAUUACACUUUACUUAAUAACCAUGACAUCGAUCUAAUUACUGAUCAUCAUCUCCGGGAAGGAUUAUUAUAGGGAUAUUAGAGAUUAAUAUGUUCUUUUUUUUUAUUCUACUUGUAAUAAUUUCCAAAGGCGAUUGUGGUCUUACCCUGAUUCGUUAACAGAAAAGCUUGACAAAGUUUAAUCAUAGCUUAGUGCUGACUUUAGAGUCUGGAAUCUGGGGCUCAUGUGUCUCAUGGGUCUCACCUCUGAUCAAUCAUUUCCUCAAGACAACAGUCAUAUAUUGUUAAUUUGCAAAUAAGAAAAAAAAUCAUCAAUCUGUUAUGGUGGUGUCGAGCAAGAUUGAGAUUUAAAGAUACUGUUGUCUCACCUAACUACGAGAGCCUAUCAAG